UUCGAUCAAAUCAUAGUGGGUACGACUCUGCAAUGUCUUUGUCGAGAAGCCAGAGCCAGGAAACACAAAGUGGAGAACAAGAGAGAUAUCUGCAAGCCAACAACAAAGAAUUCAACACUAUGUUUGGAUAUCCAGACAAUACCAUCAAGACCUCAAAAUAUAAUGUCUUUAACUUCUUGCCUUUGAACCUAUUUGAACAGUUCCAGAGACUCGCCAAUGCUUAUUUUCUCAUUUUGCUAAUCCUACAGCUGAUUCCCCAGAUCUCCUCCUUGGCAUGGCACACAACUGUGAUACCUCUGAUAGUGGUGCUGUCCAUAACAGCAGUGAAGGAUGCCAUGGACGACCUGAAAAAGCACAGAAAUGACGAUCACGUCAACAACCGUUCUGUCCUGGUCCUGAUGAAUGGCAGGAUGGAAGAGAAAAAAUGGAUGAAUAUCCAAGUGGGAGAUAUAAUAAAAUUAGAAAAUAAUCAGCCUGUUACAGCUGACAUACUGUUACUCUCUAGCAGUGAGCCCUACAGUUUGACGUAUGUAGAAACAGCAGAACUGGAUGGUGAAACGAACCUGAAAGUGAAACAGGCCAUCUCAGUUACCAGUCAGAUGGAAGCUGACUUGAAGCUGCUGUCUGCCUUUGAUGGAGAAGUGAGGUGUGAAUCUCCCAAUAACAAGUUGGACAGAUUCACAGGAAUACUGACUUAUAAGGGAAAAAGCCACAUCCUGGACCAUGACAAGCUGCUGCUCCGAGGAUGCGUCAUCAGGAAUACAGACUGGUGCUAUGGCUUAGUGAUUUAUACUGGACCAGACACCAAAUUAAUGCAGAACAGUGGGAAGUCCUCCUUCAAACGGACACACAUAGACCAUCUCAUGAAUGUCCUUGUGCUCUGGAUUUUUCUGUUUUUAGGAGGCAUGUGUUUUAUCCUAGCAAUUGGGCAUGGCAUUUGGCAGAACCAGAAAGGCUACUACUUCCAGAAUUUUCUGCCAUGGAAAGAAUAUGUCUCUUCAUCAUUUGUCUCUGCCGCCUUUGUAUUCUGGUCCUACUUCAUUAUCCUCAACACCUUGGUGCCUAUUUCACUCUAUGUCAGUGUUGAGAUAAUAAGAUUGGGCAACAGUUGGUAUAUCAACUGGGAUCAGAAGAUGUUUUAUGCCCUAAAGAACACACCAGCACAGGCUCGUACCACCACCCUUAAUGAGGAGCUUGGCCAGGUCAAAUACGUGUUCUCCGACAAAACAGGAACCCUGACUCAGAACAUCAUGAUUUUCAACAAGUGUUCUAUUAAUGGGACAUUAUAUGGUGCUGUCUAUGAUGAGAAUGGACAGAAGGUGGACAUCUCCGAGGAAACAGAACAGGUCAGCUUCUCCUACAACGACCUGGCUGAUCCUAAAUUUUCAUUUUAUGACAAGACUUUGGUGGAAGCAGUGAAAAAGGGAGAUCACUGGGUGCACUUGUUUUUCCUCUCACUCUCGUUGUGUCACACUGUGAUGUCGGAGGAGAAAGUGAAAGGUGAGCUGGUGUACCAGGCUCAGUCCCCAGAUGAAGGUGCCCUGGUCACUGCUGCCAGGAACUUCGGCUUUGUGUUGCGUUCCCGUACAUCUGAGACCAUCACAGUAGUGGAAAUGGGGGAAACCAAAGUCUACCAACUGCUGGCUAUUUUGGACUUCAACAACGUGCGCAAGAGGAUGUCUGUGAUUGUGAGGACACCUGAAGGUCGGGUAAUGUUGUUCUGCAAGGGAGCUGACACCAUCCUUUGUCAGCUGCUUCAUCCAUCCUGUACAUCCCUCAGAGAUGUGACCAUGAAACACUUAGAUGAAUUUGCCAGGGAAGGCCUUCGCACCCUCCUUGUGGCCUACCGAGAAUUGGACAAUUCAUUCUACCGUGACUGGAGCAAGAAACACAGUGAAGCCUGCUUAUCUUUGGAGAAUCGGGAAGAUAAAAUAUCGGCUGUCUAUGAAGAGGUCGAAAAAGACUUGAUGCUGUUAGGGGCCACAGCCAUAGAAGAUAAGCUGCAGAACGGAGUACCUCAGACAAUCAAAGUGCUGAACAAAGCCAAAAUUAAAAUAUGGGUUUUGACUGGAGAUAAGCAAGAGACUGCUGUGAACAUCGCCUAUGCCUGUAACAUAUUUGGGGAUGAAACAGAUGGGCUGUUUACCGUGGAAGGCGAGGAUGAUGAAACCAUUCAGCAAGAACUCAGGUCAGCACUUAAUAAGAUGAAAGCCAAGCCUCUACUGGAAUCAGACCCAAUAAACAAUUACCUCUUCACGAAGCCCAAAAUGCCCACCAGGAUACCCGAGGAGGUGCCCAAUGGCAACUAUGGCUUGAUCAUCAAUGGCUACAGUCUGGCCCAUGCUCUAGAAAGGAACCUGGAGUUGGAACUGCUGCGAACAGCUUGCAUGUGCCAGGGGGUGAUCUGCUGCCGGAUGACACCCCUUCAGAAGGCCCAGGUGGUAGAGCUGGUGAAGAGGCACACGAAGUGCGUGACACUGGCCAUCGGGGAUGGGGCCAAUGACGUCAGCAUGAUCAAAGCUGCCCACAUUGGGGUCGGCAUCAGUGGCCAGGAGGGAACACAGGCCAUGCUCAACAGCGACUUCUCCUUCUCCCAGUUCCGCUAUCUGCAGCGUCUGCUCUUGGUCCAUGGCCGCUGGUCUUAUAACCGCAUGUGCAAGUUUCUCGGCUACUUCUUUUACAAAAACUUUGCCUUCACUCUGGUGCACUUCUGGUAUUCCUUCUACAACGGGUUCUCGGCGCAGACAGUUUAUGAUACCUGGUUCAUCACUUUCUACAACCUGGUCUACACCUGCCUCCCUGUCCUGGGCUUGAGUCUAUUUGACCAGGACGUGAAUGAAAAAUGGAGCCUAUGCUUCCCAGAGCUGUACGAGCCAGGCCAGCACAACCUCUAUUUCAACAAGAAGGAAUUUGUGAAGUGUUUAGUUCACGGGAUCUACAGUUCCUUCGUGCUGUUCUUUAUUCCCAUGGGGACCAUUUUUGACUCAGUACGCAGUGACGGGAAGGAAAUCUCUGACUACCAGUCCUUCUCCCUGAUAGUACAGACCUCUUUGCUUUGGGUGGCCACAAUGCAGAUUGCCCUGGAGACAACCUACUGGACAAUGGUAAACCACCUCUUCACCUGGGGUAGCCUGGGUUUCUACUUUUGCAUCUUAUUCUUCCUGUACAGUGAUGGCUUGUGCCUAAUAUUCCCCAAUGUCUUCCAAUUCCUAGGUGUGGCAGGGAACAUUCUGAACACGCCACAACUGUGGCUGAGUAUUGUCCUCAGCUUGGUCCUCUGCAUGUUGCCUUCCGUUGGGUACAAGUUUCUCAAACCACUAUUAUGGCCCUUCAGUGUGAAUAAGGUUCUUGAUGGAAUUCAUCUCAUGAGCCACCCACCACCACUCCCAGUCCUGAGUGAAGACCAACAUCCAACCUCUCAUCGUUCUGCCUACGCAUUCUCCCACAAACAGGGCUUUGGGGCCCUCAUCACUUCUGGCAAGUUUAUGAAGCCCAAGUGGCCCAAGAAAAGCUCUCUUUUGAAAAAGUAGAGGCCUUUAUGGAAACCCCAAAGGGGUCAGUCAUUGCUCUUCCUCCUGUGUAUUUACCUAACUUAGUAAGGAAGGCUUGCGGUCCCUGGGAAAGCGGCCCAAACCUCCUCUCCCACUCCCACUCCAGAGGCUCAGCCUCUUCCUUCCCUGGAAGGCUGUGCCCACGUAAGGUGAGGAAAAGUAAAGAAAGAGCUCCCAGAUAUCUGUCAGAGGUGCAGCAUUUCAAGAAAAAGUGAAGCACUUCAAGAAAAGUUCAGGCCCCCUUUUCUCCAUCCUUCUGAGUUUCAGCCCAGACAAGCAGCUGUGGAAGCAGUGCGUGAAGAAGGGCAGUGUGUGGAGAGGAGAAAAUAGAACCUAAGAGCCUUACUCUGGGCGCUGUUCUCCGUGCCCAGAGCACCCAUCAACCUUGCCAGGGCCCCACACAAACCGUCCCAUUCAGGCAUUCUUCUCAAGUUUAUCUGGGGGGGGGGUGGUAAGAAUGAGUCUUUUGCUUCCCUUGGGUAGCAAAAGGAGGAGACAGCUGUGAAAAAUUGGUCACAAGAAGCUGAAGGAGAGUUUCUGUACCAAAAAAAGUAGGGGGAAGUGGUUCUUGCCUUAAAGGCAGCUCACGAUUUUGCCUUCCUCCCCCCUCUUUGAUGCCUCUGACCCCGAAACUGAUACCUCUUCAGGCCUCAGAACUUGGAGGGGGAGACUGCAGGGGGUUCAAUUGUUUCAUGAGGGGACAUAGCCAUAAUUGGCAAACAUUUGCCUUCAUUCUAUAAAAUUAGUUUGCGGAGAAAUUGUAUGUAACUUGGGAAAUUGUAAGAAGUUGAUGGCAUAAUAAAUUGCUUAUCUUGGAGUGGAGAGAUUUGUAUGGUGUGCUGGGGUCCCAGGGACAAUAACAUAGUCCAAGCAAUACCAUGGAACCACAUACCCCACCAUCCUCCCCCUUCAAAUCAAACCAGUGUUUCCCUCACCUGCCUUUUCUCUCCUGUUUAAACCCAUGCCACUUCUCUGCCCCUGCUGCUAACCUCUAUCUUGACCUCGAUAUGACCACAUCUUUUAGCAGUAUAGCUCUGUCCUCUUAGCAUACCUUAAAUAUUGACUCUUAAAGAUCAGGACUAGGUUCUCUGCUCAUCCUUCUCUGUACACUUUUCCCGAGUGACUUCAUCCAAACUCAUGACUUCAUUUACCACAAAAAGUCCUCAAUGCUCUCUCUACCCAAUAUCUCUCUUCUGGAAUCCAGAUCCACUUUAAAUUGACUCUGAGACUCUUCACAUGGUUGAAUCUCGGGAAACUCGCAAUCCACCAACCUGCAGUUAUCAUUCUUCCCAAAAAUUUCAUCCCGGGAUGCCACCGCCAUCAUCCCAGUCACCCAACGGAGAAUAAUGGGAAUCAUCCUAUGGUCUCCCUCUAGUCGGAUGUCUAAUAAGUCAUCAAGUAAUAUGAAUUCUGCACCUUUAUAGGUCCUGUUUUCAGUUCCUUCCAUUAUUGGUACCUUUGUCCUUGUUCAGACUCUGAUCACUUCUCUUCUGGAUUACUGCGUAAAUCCCCGCAACUUAUCUUCUUGGCUGCCUCCUCUCCAAAGCAUCACCAGAGUGAUCUGCCUGAAAGGCAAACUUGAUCAUGUCAAGCCCCAGCUGUGGAUCCUUUAAGGGCUUCCCAUGUCUUCUGGAUCAAGUUAAAAUGUGGACAUUUUAUUAUCGUGCCCUCUCUAGCCUCAUCUUUCAUUACUGCCCCUUCCACAUUCACCCUAGUCAUGCUAUCUCUGGUCUUCAUGCCAUCAAACAUGCUCCUCCCAUGUCCCAAAAUGCUUUCUCUCACCCCUUCUUCAUCUAGCAAACUCCUAGUCACCCUUCAAAACGCUCAGAAUAAUUGGAACUAGAUAGAGGUGGUGGUUGAACA